AUGAGUGACGAGUUUCCUGCAAUAUGUGAUAACUGCUGUGGCCCAGAUAGACACAUAAAGAUGAUGAGACAGGCAAACGGAGAAGAGUGUAAAGUGUGCACCAGGCCGUUCACUGUAUUUCGGUGGAACCCUAAUAAUGGAACUAACAAAUCUAAAAAGACGAUUAUAUGUAUGACAUGCGCAAGAGCAAGGAAUUGUUGUCAAUCAUGUAUGUUGGAUAUAACGUAUGGCAUACCGUUAGAAAUAAGAGAUACUGCAUUAAAGAUGGCUGGGCUUGAACAUGCCCUGGGAAUAAAAUCGUCUAAUACUUCUCGCAAUCGAGAAGUAAAAGCCAUUAUGGCUGAUAAACAGGAGGCCAAGUAUAACAGCGAAGAUAAAAAUGUAAAUAAGUCAAAGGACCCCGGUGAAUUGGCUCGUGACAUACUUCUGAAGCUUGCAGAGAAAUUGAAUGGGAAUACGAAUACUUUGGUCAAGAAGGCUCCAAAGAGUUCCAAGAUAACAAAAAAGAGCGACCUAGUCAAUAUAAAGAGUACUGAUAUAUCCAAAAUACUAUCCAAGUUACCUCUAGGAGGUCUGUUUUUGAUUCCAGAAACCAUGGCAGAGCUUACAUCAUUUUUUCUUUUUGGAUUCAGUGAUGAUAUUCCUCAAUAUGUAAUAUCAGACUUCUGCAACAAAUUCGGUAAGAUAAAAUCAUUGACAAUUGUUCAUCGUGCAAAAUGUGGUUACGUAACGUUUACAACCAGGAAAGCAGCUGAAAGCUUUGCUACUGCAAUACUUGAUAAUGGACUAAAUAAGAACACUGGUACACCGGGAUUGCUCGUAUUAGAUAAUAAAUACCCUGUUAGAGUAAGUUGGGCAAAACCAAAGCCGCUAGGUGCAACAAAUGAGGAGUGUCAUAAAUUAAGUUUAGUUGUAACCAAAGUAAUGAAACAAUUAGCGGAAAAGGAUAAGUUAUUUGAGGACCAAAAAAUUAAUAAGAAGGUGAAAAAUAAUAAAAGACCUAUUGACUUAAUUGAAAAUUCAAGCAAUAAUGAAUCCAGUCAAGCUUACAAGGCUUCCCGACCAGAUUUUGAGCUAUAG